AUGGCCGUUGGAACUGGAAGCUUCAACACGCUUCAUAUGGGAAAAUAAAAACCUCCCAAUCCCAAAGACCUCUCAGUAGUCGCAAGUUUGAGCGAAUCUUUUCUCAUCUUCACCGUAUAAUAUUAAAGGAGUUAUUGAGGUUGGGCAAUUAUGUUUGUUUCCAGAAUUUCAAGAAUUGGAGUUGGGAUGUUUAAACAGCUUGGAAGAGGCUUGUGUACAUCCUUGUGUAGAACAGGAUUUUUGCAAACACCUUACAUUCAAUAUUGGCAACCUCAGUUCAAAACACAACUCGAGAGUAAGAUGUUUCUAGGUGCCUUAUUUCAGAAGCAUCAUCUGUUUUCUACCCCAGCUUCUGGUAGUGAUAUUGUGGAUGGAAGUGAAGGAAAGGAAACCAUAUCUGUAACAUUUGUGGAUAAGGAUGGAGAGGAAAAGAACCUCAAUGUGCCAAUUGGAAUGUCUAUGUUAGAAGCUGCUCAUGAAAAUGACAUAGAACUUGAAGGAGCAUGUGAAGCCUCACUUGCCUGUUCAACAUGUCAUGUGAUUGUCAUGGAUGUGGAAUACUACAACAAAUUAGAAGACCCUACUGACGAGGAGAAUGACAUGUUGGAUUUGGCCUUUGGGCUCACACAAACUUCUCGAUUGGGUUGUCAGGUGAUUGCAAAGCCUGAACUUGAUGGAAUUCGCUUAGCUAUUCCAGCUGCCACAAGAAAUUUUGCCGUUGAUGGGUAUGUUCCAAAACCUCACUAGACAUGGAGCAACACUGGAAAGUGUAUGCUGAGCGUAAAGGACGCAUUCAUCCCAGUUUUGUAGCCUACAAUAUUGUAUUCAACCAAUGAUCAUCUCCAGUCCUAGUCAUUUUUCCGUGCCAUUGUUUGUUACAUAUUUGUUUCACCUAAUAAUUUUUUAGUGGAACUAACUUGCAUCAUGACAAAGGGAAGAUGGGAUUGAGACCAUCGAAUCCCAACAAAUAAUGACAAAAGGGAAUGACUUAUGCAUUACAAUACUAAUGUUCUUAUAAUUCCACCUUUCUAUCGUAGAGCUUUUUACCUUGAGCACCA